UUUGUGUUACAAUACGCAGAAGUUAAUAAAUAUGUCUGCAAAGAAUUGUUAGAAGAAAUGUGUUGCUAAAGUGAAGAAAGAGCGAGUUCGCAAGGAAGUUCAUGACUUCCGCAAAAGCAAAGAUUUAAUUGAUUUUUCGCCCAUGGUGAUUGUGAGCGUGUAUAUGUGUGUGAAAUACAGCUGCUGCAAAUUCGCAGGCUGCACAAUACAGAAAAUUAGAAAACAGAGCUAUAUGCAUACAUAAUGUAACGGACGAAACUAAUAAAAAACAAAAAUCAAACCACGUCUCGUCUAUCAAAUCAAACGAACUAUCUACACACACUCAUACAUACCAUUCGUUUGUCAUACAGCGGCAUUAACCAAUUGAAGCAAAACGGCACCAGAGCCUAAACACAGUAUACUAUAAACAGCAAAAGCGGCCAUCACAACAUCACCAGUGCCAACAGACUUAGAGACCCCCUGACAUUUAAAUUUUUUCCUACACUUUUGUGGUACAUUGCUUUGGAUUUUUUUUCGUGCAGCAAACGCGCGCAUCAAUAAUAUUAUCUCUAGCAGCAACAGUGUCGUCUACGGUAGCUGCAUUUACAGUCUAAACUACAGCUCAAAAAUCACAGUGCCGACAUCGAGGAAACUAUAGGAGCGAAACCACAACGCGCCGUGACGAAGUCGUCAUAUAGUCUUUUUGCUGAAUUUGUGGAUAAAAUGCAUCAGUAAUUGAUAAGCUUUGCUUAAUUGCAAAACUCAGUAGCCAUAAAAGGAGGAACAUGUCCGCCAUAUUAUUAUCUCAGGAUUCUGAACAACAAAACCAACAAGCAGAUGAAUUGCAAUUGGAUAAGCUCGCAUUUAUUGAGGACUCGUGUAACGGUUUUAGUGAGAAAAUAAGCAAUGAACCAGAAAUCAUCCCGCAAUUACCACCAAGCUCUCCAAGUAUUCCAAGUACCGAUAGAAAAGUUGCCGAUUCCAUCAAUAUUGAAACCGCCGACCCACAAUUUGAGAGCGAUUGCAAUGACCUCUUGAGUAGCAAAAUGGCGUCUCUAGCGUUGAAUGAGGGCGACUAUCAAUGCGAUGGCGGCAGUGAUAGUGGCCUUGACACAGCGACCACAAAGCUGGCGGUUGGAACAAUGGUUGGCAGUAACGACAACAUUGACAGCAAUUGCAAUGAAAAAGGUAGUGUCGCCACAAAAAAUAGUACAUUACAACGUGCGUUGAGUAGUACAAGUGGUGGCUACGCCAGCUGUACUGGCGGUGUAGACGAUGUCAAUAAUCAUGCAACGAUGCAAGUGCCGUUGCCACCGACUAAUGUGAGUAACGCCAGCAUGCACGGCCUAAAUACAUCGGGAAACUCUAGUUUGCUUAGUUGUGGCUCAGAGUUGGCGACCAGCACCACCAACGGUGCAGUGUCCUCAGCAACGCAAAGUUUUGAGUGUUAUAGUGAGAAUGGCAGCGAGAGUUCUUCAAUGCUGGGCGGUGGCACUGUAUCAACAACACCAGCGCGACGUUCGAACAGUACUAAAUCUAAAAUGAGAGUUUAUGAGGCUGGUCGUGGUGCUUUUGCCACUCCAAUGUCCCGCAGUAUGCGCGAACGUGAUUGCAGCAGUACACCAAUUUCUGGAAACUCAACUGCUGCUGGUAGUACCCAAGUUGGUAGCGCAACAACACCACGUACGCGUCCUGUUGGUGUAAAACGUACUUCAUCUUUGUCGCGUCAUGUACCUGCAGUAGUUUCGACAAUAGCACAACGUCAAGCUGACAAACCACAGUCGAUUAAUGCUACUAAUACGACUUUAAUGGCGGCAGCAACUUCAUCCUUCCGCUCCGCUACGACGACACGUGCCACAAAACCACAAAAGCCGGAUUCCUUGCCGAACACUUUGAGUCGCACGCAAUCGAUGAGCAUGCAACGUCUGGUACAACGUACACCCUCAUUGAGCCGAGCGCGUACGCCUUGCACACCACAAGAGGAUGGCCGUUGGCCCGGUAAUUCCCGCACCCCAAACACUACUACCGGAGCAUCGAAGCGCGGAGUGUCCGCGACUCCAGAUUUGAUGUCACUAAAGAUGCGCUCCUCAAAUAUGAUGGCAUCAAUAGAGCUCAAGUCUACCAGCAAUAAUUCCAGCUCAAAUCCAUACAGUACCCUGCCGCGGCGGCGCAAACAAAAGUCCGUCGAAGACUUGACGGCGACACCGGACUCGCGCAGCAGUUCAAUAACACGUGACACUCGUAUGACCACGUCAGUAAUGGUAAGCACGCGCAGAAGUCUAGUAAGCGCCUUUGGUGCAUCGCCUCAAAACAAUCAACCGCGUUCACUGAUACAUACGCGAAAAACACCAGCGCAGCCACCUAAAACGCGCAUUUACCAUGAGACCAGCGUUCAGACGGCGCUGACUGGUGAAGAUCUGGAGAAUGUGUUUGCUGGGCGGACACCCGCAACGCGUGCCGUAGAUGCAGUGGAACAGCAUGAACAGACCACACAGACUGAUAUACGUGAUGCCGAAUUGGAGCGAUUACGGGAUGAAGUGCGUCAAUUAGCGCAGCGUGAACAUGAACUGAGCGCUAAGCUUCAACACGAACGUGAAGAGAAGUUGGCCACACAACGUGAAUUGAAUUUGAAUACAGAACGUGUGAUGAGCAUGUUGGAAAAGGCACGAUUAGCGGGAGGAAAAUACGGACUUUCUGGCGGCAGCGUGAGUGGCAUUAGUUUGGACGGUGACGCUACAACGCCAACUUCAGACGAGGGUAGCGGAAGCGGGCACGACAGUUUACUAAUGUUGGAAUCGCAAAUACAAAUGAGCGGGCAUGAGUUAAUCGAGCGCCAGCAUGAAAUUGGUCAGCUGCGUCAGUUAUGCCGGACCCUGCAGCUGGAAAUGAAUCGUUCACUAGCAGCGCAGGAAUGCUUACUGCAAGAGAAAGCCGCCAUCGAGCAGGAGUCGAGUGAAUUACAAGACUUUUUGCAACAUGAAAAAUCAGCAUUAUGUGAUGCAUUAAAAGAAUUGGAGAGCGAGCAUCAAGUCUGCAAGCAACAGUUGUCGGGGCGUGAAGAAGAGGUGAAGGUGUUGCGCGACGAAUGUCGUCACUUGGUGCGGCUCAAUGAACAGCGAAGACAGGAGAACCGUAUGCUGCAAUCCAAAUAUGCAGCGCUUGAAAGUAAAUCAAAAGAAAUGAUGAUGCAACAAAACUACUCGGUAUCUGGCGCAUCUGCUGCAUUGUCAGGCUUGCAUUCGCGUUUGGACAGCCUAGUUGAACAACUGGUCUCUACUUAUAAUAUAACUGAACACGACUUGGAGGACAUUGGAUUCCAGCCAGAAGUGCAACAACAAAAUCACAGUAACGUGUUAGAGACGCGAUCAACACAAAGUGUCGAAGAUUAUCUAGGUCGUUUACCUUCGAACAUCAAUGCAAACGGGCUGGACUUCUGCACACACUCCCAACAGUUCUUACCACAGUCGAGUGAUGGAUCUUUGUCGCCACAAAGAAAUCAAUCAUUUAUCGCGGCCGUAAUAAGUGCCAUACGAAAUGCAACUACUCCGUCUAGCAAGAAACUAUUGGCGCGAAAUGGAAAACGCAUUAGUAUUGAGAACGCGCCUGCGAGCGAUUUAAACGGCCAGGUUACGUCAAAAAAUAAUAACAACUACAAUGGGGAUACAAAGAAUGGAGGUGGUGAUGAUUCCGAUUCCACCGAGAUGCUCGAUUCGGAAACAGAACCAUGUUUAAUGAUGGAUAACGUAUUGGAAGAUGUGACCAUGCCCGAUUCUCAUUCACACAAUAUGGUCUCAUCAUGCACGGGCAUCGUUGCUCAAUUGGAAGUACCAUCCGAACUGGUCAAUCCCGCGUCUGGCGAUGAAUCAUUGCAUAACUUGUCGCAAGCUAUUGUGAAUCGUCAACAGAUGGAAUUGCAGAUCAGCAACAUGCAAAGUGUACAAAAAGCGUCGUUGCAGUUGAAUCAAUGCGAGCUCGAUAACUCGGAUGAUGCUAGUUGCCAUGAUUCGGUGGCUGAAAUGCCCUCUCUAAUGGAGUAUUGCACAGCCCAAGCAGUGGUGGACCAGGUCAUCGAAGUGGACAGCCUGGUAACUAAAUUGCUCAAGGUCCUGCGUCUCAUACAAAUGGACAACGAUAAUUGCAUACAGCAACUUAUUGUCGAUAAGAAUAAGUUACAAGAAAAUAAAGAGGAUAUGUUGGAGAAAAUAAAAGAUUUGCAGGAUGUGAAUAUAAAGUUGCAAGAUGAGCUAAUGGAUGCCACACAAGAGCUAAUGCUUAAGAACAACGAUUUGUCCAACACGAAAGCUGAAAUGCAGCGACACCGCAAUGAAAUCGAUCGUCUAACGCAGGACAUUUGCAAUUUGAGCACGCUCUGCAGCAAUUACAAAAAGCUCUCACCAACGGUGGAGUUUUCGCCUUUGCAACAGCAAUUACUCUGCCCAAACCAAACAUUAUUGCAGAACAUAACACCCGAUGAGGAGGGCGAAAUCAUUGACAAUGGUGUCGAAAAUGAUGCUGAAAGCAUUUUGAAUUUAUUGAAAAUGUGGCAGACAGAGGGUCAAUUCCAGCAGCUCAAGAUUCGAGAUUUCCUCAGCGCGUUUGCUAAGUGCCAGCGGUGUGCGCCUGAGCAAAAGCAGGAGAACAGCAGCAGCAAUGAGCGCUUGCGUGUGUACGCCAACCAAUUGGAGAAUGUGUUGUCAGUGCUGCAAACAUGCGAACAAUCAACGCUCAAUUAUGCGGAUCUGCAGAAGCUGCGCUGCGACAUUGAGAUAGUUAAGGCGAACGCCAAUUGGUCAAGUAUAAUCGUUGACCGAGCGGCGGAAAUGAAUUGCAACAAUGCCAGUAAUAACAGUAAGGAGGAUGUAAAUGCGAAUGCUGCAAACGGGGAGAAGGAAGUCAAUUGAUAAAUGAAUUAUUUAAAUAGUGGGUUUCCUAUAAAUAGCAUAUGACGAAAGUUAUUCAGGAUAUUUAGAUGAGACAUCAGAAUAAUUCGCUCCAGACGCCAUCCACAAAUGUCCAUUUAUGUAUAUUUAUUAACUAAUUAGCAUUAUUUAUUGCAUAAUAGAACUUACGUUUAAGGGCCUAAAAUGACAAAGAAAUUAAUAGUUUUGUAAAGCAUGCAUAGCGUUUGACGUCAAUAAUCCGUUGCUUGGCUUCGUUGGGCAAAUAAAUUGAUUGAAAUAAAAACUAGCUUAUAUGUAUGUAUGCGUUAAGAAGAGACUUAUUUAAAUAUCGUUACUGAAAUAUGUGAAAGCUUGACACACAUGUUUGAAUAUUUAUGCUCCUAUUACUCACAACUGCCAGUUCAGUUGCAAUUUGGUAUUUUCGACAAUUCAACCAGUCAAAAAUUUUAAGUUGAACUGUCCUUCAACUUUUUGGGAUAUUACCGUUUACAAUCACCACAUCAACAACUGAAAACUUUUUAGAAGUAGUUCCUUAUAAUUCGAAAAAUAAAUCAGUUCCACUUUUCUAAACUUAUUUUUAAUCAGCACCUUUGUAUAAAUAAAGAAAUAUGACACAUAUUAUUUUUUUCCGGAGAAAAAACUUUGACCUUUCAUAGUAUCUGUCAUAUGUUUAAGCUUGAAGAAAAAGUUUUACAUACCAUUGAAUUUAGAAGCAAAAUAAGAUUUUACCUAUGUUUUGGUAUUUUUAGUAACUAAAACCUGCAAUUUAUUAUAACUUUUCUAAAAAGUCCUUUUUUUCGAACUUCGAAUUCAAAUAUUUCGAUUUUGGAGGCUAUCUUCGAAAAUUGUAGAAUGCACUUCUUUUUCUUACGACUCAAUCUGUUGAAAAAAUUUAGUUUGGUCCAACACCCAGAAAAAAAGUAUAUUUUGCCGUAUAAUUUUAUUUUAGGAUUAACGCGGUAAAUUCAUUAAAAAGUUUUAAUUUUCAAUCAAAAAAAUGUAAAAAUUUUCAAGGUUUUCGCUCUAUUUCAGUAACGAUUACAAGAAACGUAAAGAUAGUAUAGCUAAUAUACAAUAUAAGAGAGAAUUAAGUAAAAUGGUUUACAGCGGAUUGUCUGUUAUUGUGUUUUCGAAAUUGCCAUUGUAUGUACAGUUAUGCGCAAACUAAUAACUAUAAGUUCAAUAAUAUCUAUGGCGGUUCAAAAAUACAAUUCGUCUUUCAAUUGAAUUACAUAAAAUAAAUUAUCCUAUUUUAGAAUCUUAUUAUAAACUAACUCU